UGGAGACCUGGCAAGUCCAGUGUGUACCUACUCUUACCCCACUGGAGUCCUGAUGUGGCGGAGGCCUGGUGGAAGGGACGGCGGAAUACUGGAACUUGCGGAGGAAGUGACACUUGACCCUGCAACCCGGGCCCCGCGGGGGCGGCCGCUGCCUUUCAAAAUAGCAGUCCCCGAGCAGCGCCGCGCGGCGGUGGCGGGCCGAGCCCUCCGGGGCCUCUCCGGGUCCCCUUCCUCGCCCCCACCCCCGCCUUGCUCGCAGCUUGCCUCGGUCGACCCCUUCCCGCAGCCGCGUUUUAAUCAAACUCACUGGGACGGCCCGGAGCAGGCGCCGGGGACAAGAAACGCCGCGCCGGCGACAACGCUCGAACCAGUGGAGCCGCGCGCCCCAGCGCCCCCCUCACUCGCGCCCCGCGUGCUGGAACCCGCACCUGGCCCGCGGGGAGCCGGAAAAGCGGGGUCCCGGCCCGCCCGCAGGGAUGCCCCUGCUCCCGCUCCCCCAGCUCCAAGCGCUGCGGCUGAGAAACCCACUCGCCCGGCCUAGCCCCCGCCGGAGCCCUGCACCGUGGCGAGCCGGAGGCUGGGGAGGGGGCCAGAGAAGGGGAAGACAGGGCAUUGCGCUUCUUCCUACCCUGGGACAGCGCCUGAACUGGAACUGGGUGCCGGGGAAACGACGGGAAGAGCUGACGGAGAGGCGGAGGGAG